AUGGUGCCUAGAAAAGAAAAAAUCGUCAAAGAGAGGGAAGAAGAGUUUCGGCCUUCGGAUUGGUUGACGGACGUCAUUCCCAGGAAGUUUCAGUAUGUACCACAGAUGGGAGACGACGUCAUGUACUUCAAACAGGGUCACAAACUUUACCUCCUCGCGGUGAAGAAACACAAUGUUUACAAAUUUGAUAUACGCAAGAACCAGCCCUGGCACCUGAAUCAAAACCUCAGGGAACAAGAGCAUAUGAAGAUAGUAGGAAUCAAGUAUGAAGUCCGUCCACCUAGGCUCUGCUGUCUUAAGAUGGCUUAUGUCGACCCGGAAACCGGGAAACCAACGAAAAACUCAUUAACAUUUAAGUACCAUGAUAUGCCUGAUGUCAUCGAUUUCAUUGUUCUAAAACAGUCGUACGACACCGCUAUGAGGAGAAAGUGGAAAGCAGGUGAUAGAUUCCGUUCCAUAAUUGAUGAUGCCUGGUGGUUUGGAACCAUUGUCUGUCAGAGUCCAUAUGAAGCUAUUUAUCCAGAUAGCAUGUUCCAAUGCUUCAUUGUCAUAUGGGACACUGGAGAGACAGAUAAACUGAGUCCAUGGGACAUGGAGCCUGUCGAUCAUAAUCAUCUGCUGGCUCAUAAUGAGUCCAGUGUACCCGUACAGCCGGAGGAGUUAGAAUCCCUGGUGUACACCCCGAGGGUGGGGGAGUGGCCCUCGUGUGGGCGUGAUGCAGAGUGUGAUCGUAUUGCUCACGGGAUGGAGAGCAUCAUUCAGCAUUGUAUAACAGAACAGUUCCUUACACUGGUGGAUCUUAAUGUAUUCCCAAUCUACGGCAUCAUCAUAGAAUACCUCAUAGAUCUAAACACCAUCAAAUCACGACUAGAGAACCGAUUCUACAGGAGAGUGAGUGCUCUGCAGUUUGACAUUAGAUAUAUUGAACACAAUGCCAAGGCCUUCAAUGAGCCUGGAACUUCUAUUGUGAAAAGUGCCAGAAUUGUAACAGAGGCCCUGCUCAGGUUUACCAGUGAUACUGACUGUACCGAUCCAAUGCCAAUCUUAAAUCAGCUUUGUCACAGAGAAAAAGUGGGGGGCGUGUCAUCUGGUAGUGAAACUGAAGAUACCUCAAGCAACAACAGGCUCAUGCAUUCAGAUGAUGAUCAGCCGGGAACCAGCACAUGGAGGAAGUCAGCAUCACCAGUCAAUAAAACCCCUGACUCCUGGAAAUCCAAGUGCCUUAAUCUUCUGGAGUCAGUAUUCCAGUGUGAGGAUUCUAGUCCAUUCAGAUUCCCAGUAGAUCCAGAUGAAUUACCGGGAUACUUUGACAUCAUUGAGCAUCCCAUGGAUCUAUCCACCAUGAAGAAGAGACUAUUGAGAGACCAGUACUCCAACCCUAACAGUCUGUUUAAAGACUUCAGACUUAUAAUAUCGAACUCCAGGACAUUCAAUACCAAUAAAGACUCGAGGAUAUAUGCUAUGACCUUGAGAUUAUCGGCCCUGAUUGAGGAGAAAAUGAAGGACAUAAUCAGUGGGUGGAAUUCGGCUGUCAAACAGAAGAAGAGCUCACCUCGUCUCUCCCAGAGUAACUACAGCUCCAAGACAGAAAGGUCAGUGUAG